CCCCUUGGAUACUGAAUCUCCUAGAGAUUUUAGAUUUUGAUUGAUAUGGGAACAAGCGAUCCAUAUGUGGUUAUUCAAUUCGAUGGACAAGUUGUCAAAAGCAAGGUUAAAUGGGGGACCAAAGAACCAACAUGGAAUGAGGAGUUUACUCUAAACAUUAAGUUACCCCCUACCAAAAUUCUUCAGGUUGCAGCUUGGGAUGCAAACCUUGUAACUCCACAUAAGCGUAUGGGCAAUGCAGGCCUUAACCUGGAAGCCUUUUGUGAUGGAAACGUGCAUGAGGUGCUGGUGGAAUUGGAAGGCAUGGGAGGUGGUGGAAGGAUAUAUCUAGAGGUAAACUAUAAAAGCUUUGAAGAAAUUGAUCGAGAGAAACCAGGGUGGCGGAUCCCUUUUGUUUCAGAUUUUCUUGAAAAGAACGGUUUCAAGUCUGCUCUAAAACUGAUUGUUGGAUCUGAGACUGUACAAGCACGUCAGUUUGUGGAGUAUGCAUUUGGGCAAUUGAAGUCAUUCAAUGAUGAUUACCUUCAAGAUCAAUUUUCUAAGAGGGAUACCUUUGACAUUGAAGGCUCUAGAAAAUCUGAAAAUCAAGUUGGUGUUCCUGAUAAGACUUCACAGCCUGAGGGUAGCCCAGAAGAUUCUUUUUCUGUAAUAAAUGAUGGGCAAGACAGAAAUUUACUGGAGAGUCCAACUAAUAAUAGUUCAGGGGAUUAUGAAACUAGCUCUUCCGUGAAUACAAAAGUUCAUGAAUCUAUGCAAUCAGAUAAACAUUUUUGGAAGAAUUUUGCUGAUUUUACCAAUCAAACUGUUGUUCAGAAGCUCGGUAUACCGAUUCAAGAGAAAAUAAAGUGGGAUGGAUUUGACUUACUGAAUAGAAUCGGCUCACAAUCACGUAAGAUUGCAGAAGCGGGUUAUGUUGAAUCGGGGCUUGCAACUCCAAAAAGUCAGGAUAACAAUGGUUCUACAACUGGACGACCUACCAUCAGUGCAAUUCAAUCUUCCCUUCCAGAUAUUAAGAAGGCAUCAUCAGAUGUAUUAAGACAAACUGAUUCCAUUUUAGGAGCACUAAUGGUUCUUACGGCUGCAUUUUCUGAAAAGUAUAAGCAAGCAGGUUCAGUGGAAAAGAAAGAAACUGAAAAAGAUGCUUCCACCACAGUGCAGGAUGACGUUUCAGGAUAUCAUGUGAAUGGAAAGGUAGGUGGCACCUUGGAUGUAUCUGUGUUGGAUCAAAGAAAAGAAGAGGAGAUGAAGUCACUAUUUUCAACAGCAGAGAGUGCGAUGGAGGCAUGGGCUAUGCUUGCCACUUCAUUGGGUCAUCCAAGUUUUAUUAAAUCUGAAUUUGAGAAGAUAUGUUUUCUUGAUAAUGCGUCCACUGAUACACAGGUAGCAAUUUGGCGUGAUUCUUCAAGGAAAAGAUUAGUUGUUGCUUUCAGGGGAACUGAACAGGUAAGGUGGAAGGAUUUGCGAACUGAUUUAAUGCUAGCUCCUACUGGGCUAAAUCCUGAGAGGGUAGGUGGCGAUUUCAAGCAAGAAGUUCAAGUUCAUAGUGGUUUUUUAAGCGCAUAUGAUUCAGUGAGGACUAGGAUCAUGUCACUUAUUAAGAUGGCAAUUGGUUUUGUAGAUGGUGCGGAAGUGGUGAACAAAUGGCAUAUAUAUGUGACUGGUCAUAGUUUGGGUGGUGCGUUGGCUACCCUUCUUGCUCUUGAACUUUCAUCAAGUCAAUGGGCAAAGUGUGGAGCAAUAUCUGUGACCAUGUACAACUUUGGUUCUCCUAGAGUUGGGAAUAAAAUAUUUGCAGAAGUGUACAAUGAGAAAGUUAAAGAUAGCUGGAGAGUUGUAAACCAUAGAGAUAUUAUUCCAACAGUCCCUCGGUUAAUGGGCUAUUGUCAUGUAGCUCAGCCUGUCUAUCUAGCAGCUGGAGAACUAAGGGAUGCCUUGGAAAAUAUGGAGCUUAUGGGAGAUGGAUACCAAGCUGACAUAAUCGGGGAGUACACACCUGAUGUUCUUGUCAGUGAGUUUGUAUGUUCUUUAACUUCAAAAUCUUUAUGUUUAAUAUCUGUAGCUUGUGGCUUAAUUCUUAAUACUUAUUCAGUUGAUGAAUUUUUUAAUUGGCAAGCAGAGGACUGGAAAUGAAAGGUAAUAUGUUGCAUACUUAUGAUACUUCUCAUGUA